AUGGCUAAAGAGUGCAUUAUGAGAUUGGAGAGCAUCUGUUUGAACAGAGCACUACAAAAGAAUUCUAAGAAAAGCUACUCUGAAUGCUUCCCCAUCCUCAACUCUCGAAACCAAUCCCCAUCCACCUUCAAACAUGUACGACUGAACUGUACCUAUUCUUCCUGCUGCAAAGCAAUGACGGCCAGCACUGCCUGCUGUCCAGACUGCAGCUGCAGUAGUGCUCGGGAACAAGCUGAGGAGAGGCUUCUGAGAACUCUGUUUUGAGAACUCACCCGGCCCAUUCCCACCAUCAAUGAUGUACUGCGUGUUCACUUUGGACUCUCCAUCGCUCCAUUGAUCGAUGUGGAUGUAUGGAAUCAAAUAAUGACUACUAACAUGUGGGUGAAGCAAGAAUGGAGGGACUAUAAGUUGCGCUGGAACCCUGGAGAUUAUGCAAAUAUUCCAUCUAUUAGAAUGCCAGCUACAUACAUAUGGAGGCCUGAUAUAGUACUGUACAAAAAGAACCCCUGAGGCUUCACAGUAUCCCACUUGAGCAAAGCCCACCUGUUCUAUAAUGGCCAAGUGACUUGGGUUCCACUUGUUAUCUACAAUUGCACCUGCAGCAUUGAUGUCACCUUUGUUCCAUUCGACCAACAAAACAUGAAGUUUGGCUCUUAGACCAACAACCACAGUAAGAUCAACCUGACUAACCAUGUGGCCCUAAAGGACUACUGGCAGGGUGGGGAGCGGAUGGUUGUGAGUGUUGUGAGCAACUACAAUCUCAAGAAUCAGUGUUGCUCGGAGGCGCACGCUGAUAUUACAUACUCCUUCAUCAUCAGAAGGCUGCCAUUAAUCUCAUUUUACCAUAAAUCAUCUUCCACCUCACUGGUCAUUCCACUAAUGGAUGAAUACCUGCUCUUCACAAUGAUAUUUGUCAUAUUGUCCAUCAUUAUCACCAUCUUUGUGCUCAAUGUGCCCCACCAGUCACCACAAGCUCACUCCAUGCCCAGAUGGGAGCGGGACUUCAUCUCCCAGAGUGCUAGGGGAGACCAAGUGAUCGAUCACGUGCUAGGGGACUCGGCCUUUGAAAACUCCAAACCCCAAGAUUCUCAGCAGGUCACGUGGUUUCCCCAUGCACCUAUCAGCGCUCUCAGUCGCUGGAUUAUUGAACUCUUCACCUGA